AUGAACACAAUGAUACGAAAGAACUAUACCUACAAUGGGGAAACUAGUUUACAAACAAGGCAACUGCUACCAACAAGAACAGAAUAUGCAACAAAGAUGGCAGAUUAUGUGAUUGAACAAACUCAAAAAUCGAUGGAAGAAAGCUCCGAAGAAAAUCAAAUAAUUUUAAAUCCUCAAGUUGCUGAAAUACACAUUGGCCAAGUUUUUGCAAACAAGGAAACCCUCCAACAAGCAGUAAGCCUUCACUCAAUAAGAUACAAUCAACCUUUCAAGGUAAAAAGAUCAUCAAAACUAGACUAUAAACUAGUCUGUAUUGAUGAUAACUGCAACUGGACAUUCUUAGCAUCAAAACAUGGAAAGACUGACAUGUUUAUCAUAAGAAAAAUAGAGCAUACUCAUACAUGUUCAUUGGACAUCACUUCUGGAGACCAUCCUCAAGCUACAAGCAACCUGGUUGGAAAGGUUAUAAAAAACAAGUUUGUAAACCCAAAAAGAGAUUACACUCCAACAGAAAUUGUGGAUGACAUGGCAGAUGAUUACAGUGUCUCUAUAUCUUACCAAAAAGCAUGGAGAGCUAGAGAAAAGGCAAUUGUGGAUGCUCGUCGCUGCCCACAAGAAUCAUACAGUGAGAUACCAUCAAUUUUAUACAUGAUGCAAAUAUCAAACCCAGGAACAAUCACAGACCUAGUAACAGAUGAAGAUAACAAAUUCAAAUAUCUAUACUUUGCAGUAGGUGCUUCAAUAAAAGGUUGGCAACACUGUACACUAAUAAUAGUCACAGAUGGAACCUUUUUGACAAACCAACAUGGAGGCACUUUGUUGAUAGCAAGUGCACAAAAUGCAAAUAGACAUAUAUUCCCACUUGCAUUUGCAGUAGUAGAUUCCGAAAAUGACAGCUCUUGGGAAUGGUUUCUUCACAAAAUAAAGGAAACUUAUGGCGAAAGAGAAGGUCAAUGCAUCGUAUCAGAUAGACAUGAGAGUAUACUAAAAGCAGUAAAAGAGACCUUUCCAGAUAUAAUGCAUGGGGUAUGUUGUUACCAUUUGAUGAAGAAUAUAAAAAUGAAAUUCAAAAAAGGAGGUGAUGAGCUCAAGAUUGCAUUUAAUAGUGCAUCUAAAGCUUACAACAUAGAAGAUUUUGAAAAGAGCAUGCAAGACUUGGACAAUAUAGAUGAGAAUAAGAGAUUACUUGGUGAAUGGAAUUGGUGUCGAAAAGUGGACAAGACUAUAUGGCAUGAACAGGAGAUACAAAACAAUGACAUCAAAUAUUGUCGAAUCAGUCAAUGCAGCCUUGAAAGCAGUAAGAGACCUACCCAUCGCAACUCUACUAGAAUGCCUACAUUCAUUGGUGCAAAGAUGGUUGAAACAGCAAACCUUCUGGUAUACCAAGUACACGACAACAACAGAUCUCACAUAGUAAACUUGGAGAAUAAAACAUGCAGCUGCCAACGAUUUGAAUAUGAUGAAAUGCCUUGCUCUCAUGCAAUGGCUGUACUAAGCAAAAGGAACAUGUCUUGCUACAAAUAUCGCUCAUACUACUACACGAAAGAAGCUUUUAUGACAACAUAUGAAGACAGUAUACUCCCAUUAGGUGAGGCAACAUCAUGGAAUAUACCAGAUUUAAUAAGAAAUAUUGUAGUCCUCCCACCUAAACAUAAGAGAGCUGCCGGAAGACCAAAGAAACAACGAUACAAAAAUGGACUUGAAGCAAAAGCACAAGUGGUAUGCGGUCAAUGUCGCCAAAGAGGACACAACAAAAGAUCAUGUAAAAAUGACCCAGUACUAAAACCACCAAGAAAAAGAAAAAGAUCAUAA